CAUAUGAUUAACUAAUAACGUUUCAUUUCAGUGUUAAAUUUAAAUAGCGAUGUUUAAAUUUGAGUAUGACUGCUGCACUAGUGUUUUGCCUUCCUAAACUUAAAUAUCCAACAGAUUUUUGGUUUAUUGUUUUCUUCUACUUUGUGUACUUGGCGGAAUAAUAGGCGGAAUAAUAGCAAGUGUUCAGUAUGUAGUACGCAGUUGGCGUCUUUGGCGCUGUUUGUUUUGGCCUCACCGCUAGAGGCACUGUCUGCAGUCAUUCUGGGCAGCGAAUGCUAAUUAGCAUGUAACAAUGGCUACACAAGCGCUAGGCUCUGUUGCUGGAUCUACGACGAGUCAAGCCGGCUGUAGCUCUUCAUUGAGCCGAAGAAUGGACGGUGGACCGUGCUGUAAAUUCUGGGAAAGCCCGGAAAUAAUCUCUCAGUUGGAGACGGUUCGCAGUUGGAUUGGAAAGUAUUAUAAAAAGUAUGUACAGCCUGAUGCUCCCUCCAGCAAGUCUCUGUCUGGGCUGGUCAUCCAACUGUUGCAGUUUCAGGAAGAUACAUUUGGCCAUCGAGCAAAUAACCCAAGGUUUACAAAACUACCAGCAAAGUGUUUUCAGGACCUAAGGCCAGGUGGUGCUCUCUGCCAUAUUCUGGGAUCAGUGUACAAGUUCAAGACCGAACAGGGCUGGAGACGCUUUGAUCUUCAGAACCCAUCCAGAAUGGAUCUCAAUGUGGAGAUGUUCAUAUCUGUGGAGAAAACUCUGACACAGAAUAACUUAUUAAGCAGACCUGUGGUGUACCUGUCUCCUGAUCUUGAGCAGAAGCAAGCUCUUAAACUCAAAGACAUUGUUGAGCGACACCAGGGCACAGUGACAGAGGAGAAGUCACACGCCUCCCACCAAAUAUACCCAUCCCCCUCCACAGCAGAUGAAGAAGAGUGGCUUAGACCAGUAAUGCGAUUGGAUCGGCAAGUGAUGGUUCAUUGGGGCAUGUUUCCAGACAGUUAUGACUCCCUUAUAUCAGCAAGUGAUGUAGAUGGAGAAGUAGAGGAACCUCCCAACCCAGACAGGUGCCGGAAGGUUCGUGCUAAAUGGGUUCUCGACACAGACUCGUAUAAUGAGUGGAUGAAUGAGGAAGAUUAUGAGAUCGAUGAGAAUGGGAAUAGUAUGAGUUUCAGAAGGCGUAUCUACCGAAGCACAGAGAAGGAACAGAAACCUGGAAAGAAGCGGCGACGCUCCCCGUCUCCACCUCCUUCUGAAUCUAAAAAGAAAGGAGGAAAGAAAAGUAGCUCAGGUGUGUAUAAGAGGCGUGGUCUGCCAGAGGAAGCGGAGCCAGAGGAAGACCUCACUAAAGACAUGGAAGAUCCCACACCUGUCCUUAACAUGGAGGAGGUCAUUCUGCCUAAAAAUGUGAACCUGAAAAAAGACAGUGAAAACACUCCAGUCAAAGGAGGCAUUAUGGCUGAUUUAGAUGACCAGGAAGAAGACCUGCUUUCAGGUGUCAGAGAUGAGGAGGAGCAGAGGGAGUUCGGCCGUGGGAUGGAGGGGGAGGAGAGUGCCACAGAGCAAACGCAUCACAUCAUUGUGCCCACCUAUUCCUCCUGGUUCGACUACAACUGUAUUCAUCAGAUAGAGAGACGAGCUCUGCCUGAGUUCUUCAAUGGCAAGAAUAAGUCCAAAACACCAGAAAUAUAUCUUGCAUACCGCAACUUCAUGAUUGAUACAUACCGGCUAAACCCUCAGGAGUAUUUAACCUCAUCCUCCUGUAGACGAAACCUGACCGGAGAUGUGUGUGCACUUAUAAGGGUUCAUUCAUUUUUGGAGCAGUGGGGGUUGAUCAACUACCAGGUAGAUGCAGAAAGUCGACCCCUCCCCAUGGGUCCGCCCCCAACACCACACUUUAAUGUUCUUACAGACUCACCGUCUGGACUCGUCCCACUACAGCACAGACCCUUACAGGUUUCCGCUUCUCAGCAUAUGUUGCAUUUCCCAGAAAAACUGAGAGAAAAACCGUCUGACCUGCAGAACUUUGGUUUGCGGACUGAUAUUUAUGCUAAGAAACAUCCAAAGAGUAAAGGUGCAAGCGCAGGGGGAGAAUGGACAGAACAGGAAACACUCUUACUUUUGGAGGCUUUGGAGAUGUAUAAAGAUGACUGGAAUAAGGUGUCAGAGCAUGUGGGCAGUCGCACACAGGACGACUGUAUUCUUCACUUCUUACGGUUGCCCAUAGAGGACCCAUACCUAGAGAACUCUGAAGCCUCAAUGGGUCCUCUGGCCUAUCAGCCUGUCCCUUUCAGCCAGUCAGAAAACCCUGUAAUGAGCACGGUUGCUUUUCUUGCAUCUGUGGUUGACCCUCGAGUGGCCUCUGCAGCCGCCAAGGCAGCUUUAGAGGAAUUCUCAAAAGCAAGAGAAGAGGCCCCACCAAAGAUAUUCAGUGCCAGCUUUCACAAAACACAGCCACUUGGGCAUAAUUUAGAUCCGGCCUUUACACUCCAAACGGGCAGCAUUGCGGAACUUGAUCCUGACCAUUCAGAAAAGACUGAUAUGAGUGGUAUAGAAACAAUGAACACUGAAUAUGAACCGCAUGAAAAGCUUGAGGGUGACAGCAUCUUGGGAGAGGGAGAGCGUGUGAAGAACGAGGAGAAAGAAGAGAGUGAAGGAGAGAGCACAGCAGAGAAGAGUUUUGACAUGGGUCUCACCCAAGGGGACAGGGAGGUGAUGAAGAGGAGGGUGGAGGGAAGCAUUGCCACAGCUGCUGCUGCAGCACUGGCCUCCGCAGCUACCAAAGCAAAGCACUUGUCUGCAGUAGAAGAGAGGAAAAUCAAAUCUCUGGUGGCUCUGCUGGUUGAGACUCAGAUGAAAAAGUUGGAGAUCAAACUGAGACACUUUGAAGAGCUGGAGACCAUUAUGGAUCGGGAAAAAGAGGCUCUGGAGCAGCAGAGACAGCAGUUAUUGUCGGAGAGGCAGAACUUCCACCUGGAGCAGGUGAAAUAUGCUGAGAUGAAGGCACGGCAGAAUGUAGAACAGCAGCAACCAGCAGGAGCUACACAGAGCAGCAGUAGUACAGCCCAAUCCAACCCUCUUCACCACGGUCGUUCUGCGGUCAGUGCUGGUACUGGAGAGAUUGUGGGUGCUCGGCACUCUGGUGCUCCCAAUGGCAUGUGCGAUGGGGGCACACCCAUGCAACGUCUUCACAACGCCUUAAGACCCAAACUCAGUUAGAUGACAUCAUUAUCCACAUUCAGCUUUACAAUAGCACCUCUUCUGUGUAUAUUUAAUAUUUUUUUAAACAUUGAUGCUGGCAUAUAAGGGUCAGAUUUGAGGCUUUUCGUUGCCAUAUCUGUCUGUACUUAAUGUUUGUACAUCUGUUUUUGUAUUGCCACCAAGUGCUAAAAUAUUGGUUUUAGUAAGAAUAAAUAUUUUAUAUGAAGUUAUAA